GGGGGGGGUGUGUGGAAGAGUCUGCAUGAGAAACACACAAGCCUGCAGCCAGCCAAGGAGGAAGAGUGUGAGUGCAGGAGCCUAUCCUCAGCGCCUUGCUCUCUCCCCCUUUUCUUUUUUUAAUGCCCCUACAGAUUCCUUGGAACUUCUUAUUUCCCCCCGCUUGCACUGACUCAAACACAUCUUUUAAUCUCCGGGCCCAGGCCCCCCCCUUCCUCUCCCCACCACACACACUCAGCCUUCACACUCUGCUUCCCCCGAGUUCACACCCGCACACACUCCACUGAAAAACAGAAGCAGUUGUCAGCAAGAACGAGGGGAAGACAGCCGGCCAAACCCCAGUCUCAGGGCACUGGAGAUCCGCCUCCCUUGUGUGCACACACACACGCGCGCAUACACACUCACACACACAGCCCUAGAGAGGAAGAGGCGGUGAACAGCAGAGGAGCUGGGGCUGAUCAGAAAUAAGGAAGACGGGAAAGAGCUCGCUUGCUGCUUUUCUCCACAGGCAUCAUGUGGAUCUCUUGGUGAACGGGCUUGGGGGGAACGUACCCCCUUUUUCUUCCCUCCCCCUGCCCCAAGCCCUCCCUCCCCCUUCACAGCUGGCAUCAAGGGGGCAGCGGGGGGCUGCCUCUGCCGCUGAAGCCUGGGGGAAUAAAAUACAGUAAAUAAGCUUUUUUUUUCUAAAUAAGAAAGAGAAGGGAAAAAAUUUUUCUGGCAAGAUGGCCGACCUGGAAGCUGUCUUAGCCGAUGUGAGCUACUUGAUGGCCAUGGAGAAGAGCAAGUCCACUCCGGCAGCCAGAGCCAGCAAGAAGAUUCUCCUACCUGAGCCCAGUAUUCGGAGUGUCAUGCAGAAAUACCUGGAUGACCGGGGCGAAGUGACCUUCGACAAGAUCUUUUCUCAGAAGAUUGGUUACCUGCUAUUCCGGGAUUUCAGUGUGAACCAGGCGGAGGAGGCGAAGCCGCUGAUGGAGUUCUACGAGGAGAUUAAGAAAUAUGAGAAGUUGGACUCCGAGGAGGAACGUGCCAUCAAGAGCCGCCAUAUCUUUGACCAGUACAUCAUGAAGGAGCUGUUGGCCUGCUCCCAUCCAUUCUCCAAGAGCGCCACAGAGCAUGUACAGAGCCGGCUCAGCAAGAAGCAGAUGCCACCCGACCUUUUCCAGCCCUACAUCGAGGAGAUCUGCCAGAACCUGCGUGGUGGCAUCUUCCAGAAAUUCAUCGAGAGUGACAAAUUCACCCGCUUCUGCCAGUGGAAGAAUGUGGAGCUGAACAUCCAUCUGACCAUGAAUGACUUCAGCGUGCACCGCAUUAUCGGCCGCGGUGGCUUUGGAGAGGUGUAUGGCUGCCGGAAAGCCGACACAGGCAAAAUGUACGCCAUGAAGUGUUUGGAUAAGAAGCGCAUUAAAAUGAAGCAGGGGGAGACGCUGGCCCUGAACGAGCGCAUCAUGCUGUCCCUCGUCAGCACCGGGGACUGCCCCUUCAUCGUGUGCAUGUCGUAUGCCUUCCACACACCCGACAAGCUCAGCUUCAUCCUGGACCUCAUGAAUGGGGGCGACCUGCAUUACCACCUGUCCCAGCAUGGGGUCUUCUCUGAGUCCGAGAUGCGGUUCUAUGCUGCUGAGAUCAUCCUGGGACUUGAACACAUGCACAACCGCUUUGUAGUAUACCGGGACCUCAAGCCAGCAAACAUCCUGCUGGAUGAGUAUGGCCACGUCAGGAUCUCAGACCUAGGGCUUGCCUGUGAUUUCUCUAAGAAGAAGCCUCAUGCCAGUGUUGGCACGCACGGGUACAUGGCGCCAGAGGUGCUGCAGAAGGGUGUGGCCUAUGACAGCAGUGCCGACUGGUUCUCCUUGGGCUGCAUGCUCUUCAAGCUGCUGAGAGGGCACAGCCCCUUCCGGCAGCACAAGACUAAGGACAAGCAUGAGAUUGACCGAAUGACAUUGACUAUGGCUGUGGAGCUGCCCGACUCCUUCUCGCCUGAGCUGCGCUCCUUGCUGGAGGGGCUGCUCCAGAGAGAUGUCAACCGGAGGCUGGGCUGCAUGGGCCGUGGGGCACAAGAGGUAAAGGAAGAACCCUUCUUCAAGGGCCUGGACUGGCAGAUGGUUUUCUUGCAGAAGUACCCACCACCCCUAAUCCCGCCACGUGGGGAGGUCAAUGCAGCUGAUGCCUUCGACAUUGGAUCCUUCGAUGAGGAGGACACGAAGGGGAUUAAGCUGCUAGACAGCGACCAGGAGCUGUACCGCAACUUCCCACUGACCAUCUCGGAGCGCUGGCAGCAGGAGGUGACAGAGACGGUUUUCGAUGCUGUCAAUGCUGAGACCGACAAGCUGGAGGCCCGCAAGAAAGCCAAGAACAAACAGCUGGGCCACGAGGAGGAAUAUGCCAUGGGCAAGGACUGCAUCAUGCAUGGCUACAUGUCCAAGCUGGGUAACCCCUUCCUGACACAGUGGCAGCGGCGAUACUUCUACCUGUUCCCCAACCGGCUGGAGUGGAGAGGGGAGGGCGAGUCCCCGCAGUCCCUGUUGACUAUGGAGGAGAUUGAAUCUGUGGAAGAGACCCAGGUCAAGGAACGGAAAUGCAUCUUGCUCAAGAUACGGGGUGGCAAACAGUUCAUCCUGCAGUGCGAUAGUGACCCCGAGAUGGUACAGUGGAAGAAGGAGCUGCGCGAUGCCUACCACCAGGCACAGCAGCUGCUGCAGCGGGUCCCGCGGAUGCAGAACAAGCCACGCUCGCCUGUGGUGGAGCUCAGCAAGGUGCCACUGAUCCAGCGCUCCAGCGCCAAUGGCCUCUGACCCUCCCCAGCCCCUGCUCUGGCUUUAAUUUAUUGGGAUGGGUUUGAACCGGCUCCCCUCCCCCACCUUCCCUCCUUCCUUCCCUCCCAGGAACAUCCUGGUCAAUGUCGGCUCGCUGGUUAGUGUCACGUCCUGCCCCACCCAUGGUAGCACCACUGGGGGGUAAGGCUGCAGGUGGGGGCAGGGCCACCCACCCCCUGGGCAGCUCCUUCCCCCUGAAUCCGUACCCUGUCUUGGGGUAGGGGCUGGGCUGUGCCUUCCCCCUCACAGGGCAUGAGGGUCCCUGAGAGGAACCUCCUCUAUGGCACUUCCUGCUUUCUCUCUCCCAUUGCCAAAUGGCUGUUGGUGCUGGGGGGCCCUGCCCCAGGUGCCUGGAGUAGUGGGGGUGGGAAGGUAGCAGCAGAGAGGGGCCCUUGCCCCGCAUGCAUCAUAGGGCAUAUCCUUGGAAUCCAGUAUGAGGGCAUCCCCCCCACCCCACCCCUCCAGCCUGGACAGCCAGAGGCUCUCAGGGCAACACCCCACUCUACUCCCCCCCCACCCGAUCCCAGCGGGCAACUGGCCACAGAGGGGCAAUGGUGCCAUGAGCAUGGCAUAGGCUCCAGGUUUGGCUCCAAAGCAGGAGGGGGGACAUUGCUGCCAAGCAGGACUGGGGGAGGUGCACCCUCCCCUCCCCGAUAACCCAGAAGUGCCGGGGUCACGGUAGGAAUGCAAAGUGAAUCGUCUGGCAAAGAUGAAGGAAACUCCCUGCCCUCUUCUGCCUGCGGCAGUUGCUGCUGUUCCCCUCGCCCCCAGCUACCAGGUCCCCUCUCCAUACUUCCUCCUGCCACCUGGCCCCACCCCAGCACCCUGUGCUAACCUGUGCCAAAGGGUGGGGGAAGGGGGCCAGCCACACCUGUCCCCUUUUGGCAGAGAAUCAGCCAAUUCAUUUCACAUGUGACCUAUGCCAAACCCAAACCAAGGCCUGUGGAGGCAACCUGCACCACCCCUCUGCUCCCCCACAACCACCACAUCGUGCCAUGUCCCUGCCUCCUGUGGGGAGGCAUGGGGGACAGACGCUGCUCCCAGGUGUCCCUCUGGUAGCAGCGGGCCUCGUGCCAAAGGAGAAGAGUUGCCUGAUGCCCUGCACCUCUGCCUGGUGGUGGCUGGGGGUGAAGCAUGCAGGGGCAGGUGGCUGGGGAUGAGCUGGGGAGGUGGUGGGGGGCUGGUGCCAAUGCCAAGUGCUGUGUGUCUGUGUAUAUAAUUGUGCCAUGGGGCUCUGUGCCCAGCGGGCCCAGCCUGCUGCUCUCUAUUAUCACUCAAGCCAGAUAGCUCCUCCCCCCCCCCCAGCAGUGUUAUAACCCCUGGAACAAGGGGAGGGGGCUCUCAGGGUGACUGAACCCAGGGUCCCAUCCCCAACAUGGAGCCAGGACAAGGUUGAGGGGGGGCAUUUAUCAAUGGAUUGGGGGCCUCCUGACCCGCCCCAAACUCUGGCCCCCUUGCAUGCCACCAUGCCACCCCCCACCCCGCAUGCCCCACCCCCACACGUGAUGAGUUCUGCCCCUGGCUGUUCCCCUGCAGGGGGAGGGGGGGAGGUAUCUAUCUCUGGGGGAGGGGAACUUUGCUGCCUCCAUCCCCCUGCCCAUGCCCUCACCGCGUCUGUAAAUAUUUGGUGUAUUGUCCGUCUCUUCUUUAGGUUGUUAUAUUUUUUUGCCGAUUUUUGAAUGUGAUUUUAACAAGUGGAGGAAGAAAAAAAAAAACCAGACUGAGUUUUUAUAAUAAAAAAAGUGUUAAAAAAAAAAA